AUGAGCGAGACAUCGGCCUUGUUGCCGUCGACGAGUGCGGCCGAGACUGUCGACCGCAGCGAUACCGCGAGCCUCCUCCGGCGUCUUGUUCAGCUCGUCCGAUGCCCGUUCUGCUCCUUACCUCUAGACCACCCAGUUACUCUUCCGUGUGGUAGGACGCUCUGUCGCAAGUGCCUUCCGCGUCCACGAACGCGUGCAUAUAUUACAUAUCCCGCGGGUCCGAACCGAUUGCAGGGGUUCGACUGUCCCUUCGAUGGCUGCAGCCAGGAGCAUGCUACUGACGAUUGCGCCCUUGACGUCGCGAUCAACAAUGUGGUGGCCAGCAUAGAAGGAGCCCUCGGACCUGGGGAAUUGUCUCAGUUGAUUGCCAAGGAUGAUGACGAGGCGCUGGCCAAGUGGCUCCAGAACCAGCGACGACCUGCGCAACACCCAGGAUCCCAGCCGAUGCCCAGCCCAAAAGCAACGCCUCGAUCGAGUGAGGAUGGCCAGGAUGUCGAAAAUCGCCGCAAAGUUCCGAAAGAGGGCGACCGGGGCUUAGCUGCUAGCGCUAAAGCGUCACCGGUAGACACCACAAGCCGCGAUCCCGCCUAUCAAAUAUUUACAGCCAAAGAACAGGACCAGGUGCAAAUUCUUGAGCGCAUCUCUGAAGCGACAAGGCCAGAGGCCGAUUGCCAAGUGUGCUAUGCUCUCUUCUACGAUGCAGUAACCACCCACUGUGGCCACACGUUUUGCCGACAUUGUUUACAUCGCAUACUGGACCACUCGGACCUGUGUGCAGUAUGUCGACGUCAAAUACAUCGAGGCGAAUGGCCGCAGAACAAGCUCAUGGCUGGCAUUGAAACAACCCUAUGGGCGACUGCUUUAGAAUCCCGGAGGCAAGCCAUCUUGGCCGAGAGCAGGCACGGCACUGCCGAGUUUGACAUACCGGUGUUUGUGUGUACAUUGUCAUUCCCGACAAUGCCGACAUUUCUGCACGUUUUUGAGCCACGGUAUAGGCUGAUGAUCCGGCGAGCUUUGGAGCAGGAUCGCACUUUCGGCAUGGUCCUACACAGACGAGCAAGACGAGCAGGAGAACCAGACUUUGUAGACAUCGGGACCUUGCUCCGUGUGAUCAAUGUCGAGUUCUUCCCAGACGGCCGAAGCCUGAUCGAGACCGUAGGUGUCUCUCGUUUCCGCAUCCUGCAGCAUGGCAUGAAAGACGGAUACGUUGUGGCAAAAAUCGAACGUGUAAACGAUGUCAGCAUUGCGGAGGAAGAGGCUUUGGAGGCGGCUGAGAUACGUGAAGCAUUACAUACCAACCUCGACACGACAUCGCAACAAGAAGUUGGAGACAAGCCUGCGACUGUUUCUGGAAAUGGUGGUUGCGUAGCGGCGACUGCCCCUACCAACAAUAGACAAAGCCCAGAAGCGCCGCCGAACUUUGACGUGAUGCCCACCAGGGAACUUUUGAGAUUUGGGGUCGAAUUCGUGGCGCGGAUGCGCGAAGCUAGCGCGGGGUGGCUGACACACCGAAUAUUGGCUAUAUACGGCGAAUGUCCCGAAGACGACGCAGCCAAGUUCCCGUGGUGGUUCGCUAGUGUACUUCCAGUCAACGAUCUGGAAAAAUAUCGACUUUUGGGAACCGCAAGCGUGCGCGAGCGCUUGAAAGUUUGCUGCCACUGGAUCCAGGAGUGGGAGUCAAGCAGAUGGUGA